GUGAUGAAAUGUCAUUCUAUAUAUUUAACUACAUCUAAGUUUUCGUAUACUUUUCCUACUUCCUUUUCCGUGUUAGCUGUGAAAGAAGAAACAUGCCGCUAGCAAAAGAUUUAUUGCACCCUUUGCCCGCUGAAGAGAAGCGUAAGCACAAGCUGAAGCGCUUGGUGCAACAUCCCAACUCGUACUUUAUGGACGUCAAGUGUCCCGGCUGCUACAGGAUUACCACAGUUUUCAGUCAUGCACAAGGCGUUGUCGUUUGCGCGGGAUGUGCAACGAUCCUGUGUCAACCCACGGGUGGACGUGCUAAACUGACUGAGGGUUGUUCUUUCAGAAGGAAGCCCCAGUAAGUUAAUAGAUGUCAGCGCGAUUAUUAUUUUUUUAAUAAACAAAAGAAUAAAACGUUUCACCCAAACAAGAGCA